CAUAUUGCCAGUCAAAUCCUAAAUAUGGAGGCGUCACACACUGCACUGCCUUGCAAAUAAGAGACUGUCAGAGAGGCGCCCAAGCAUACUCUCGUUGUCUUCAUCCACCAUGCAGAAGGUAUCUGAUUCAGUUACAUCAAUCUUCCAGUUGGAAACUAAGGAAGAACGCCUUGCCAAAUGCCUACAAGGGGGUUCAACCAUAGUUUACAGCGAAAAGUUUGGGUUGGGGUGGCGUUUUGGGCUGCAGCACUCACAAGAACGCUGGUCUUUUGCCAAAGUGAAGAUUUACCUCGAUCAUACCCAUUGUUCGCCGUCGGCGACAGACGCCGCCACGGUGACUGUCUGCCUUAAAGAUGGGUCUACUCCAGAGGUUCCUUCUUUUGACAGCAGAACGGUCUCGAUUACUGACUUUGGCCAUGGUCCCCCCGCGCUAAUUGGCUCGUUCUCGCCGUCCGUUAUUGCUGCACACCCUUACAUGUGGUUUACGGUCGCUCCGAAAGCAAACUUUGCUCCAGUUAUCGCUGACCCCCUCAUCAAUACCGCAUCUGCUCUCAGGCAGUCCAUGAGCAACGGCGAAUUCACCGACACCAAGUACUAUGCCAUGUCCAAGCGUGCAACUUGGAAGUCUUCAGGAGAAACUCGUGCCGUAUAUGCGAAUGGUGCAAUUUUAGACCACGGCGCCGAUGUUGCGCCAGGUCUCCCUUGUGGGUGAUCUCUUAUCUUACCUGGUGGACGAACAUUAGUAAUGAACCUAUCCUCUAGCAUCUAUCAAAAAAAAUUCUUUACUCGUUCACUACGACAACGAAAAUGGGCUGAUGAUGGACGCCACUGAACGAUAUGAUUAUUACCUCGACAGCGACAUCGACUCGGAGGAAGAAGAAGACGUGAAA